CAUGUUCAUGUAGAUAUAUAGAUGGACAAUAUUUUAUUACUAUUGAUAGAACGUCUAGUUCCUAUGGAUGAGAUGAUGAUUUAUCUUUCUUUUUACAAACUGAAGUGAAAAAUAUAUGAGUAGACUUUACAGUUCAUUCCGUUUAUUACGUGUAAACUAUGUCUAUGACAAAUGUAUCAUUGUAUGAAGAAGCUGUUAUCUGCUUGUCCGGACUGAAAUUUGUUUGUCGUUUAUAACGAGUUGACAAAAACACACAUACUGGAGAUAAAUAUUAUCAAUGAUGUUAGAAAGAGGAGAGGAUUUAGUCACACUCAACGGUACUCUACAGAGACACAUAUACACUCAGACUAGUUCACUUUAUAAAUGUGAUGUUUGUUUCAGAGAAUUUAGUAAGAGAAGCGAAUUAAAGACACAUAGAGGAACUCAUACAAAUGAAAAACCUUAUAAAUGUGAUGUUUGUGCUAGAGAAUUUACUCAAUGUUGUCACUUAAAGAGACAUUUGAGAACACAUACUGGCGAAAAACCUCAUAAAUGUGAUGAAUGUGGUAGUGAAUUUUCUCGAAAAGAUGAGCUUAAGUCACACAUGAGAACACAUACAGGGGAAAAACCUUAUAAAUGUGAUGUUUGUGAUUGUGAAUUUUCUCAAGGAAGUCACCUAAAGUCACACAUGAGUACACAUACUGGAGACAAACCUUAUUGCUGUGAUUUAUGUGGUAAACGGUUUAGUUCUCUUAGUAGUUUGAAAAGACACACGAGAACACAUACAGGCAAUAAAUCUCAUAACUGUGAAAUAUGUGGUAAAGUGUUUAGUCGUCUUUAUGAUUUGAAGAGACACAUGAGAACACAUACAGGAGAUAACUCUCAUAACUGUGAUGUUUGUGGUAAAGUGUUUAGUCGGCUUGAACAUCUACACAGUCACAUGAAAACACAUAUUAGAGAUUACUUGGUGAAUAACGGAGAGAGAAGUAUGAGAACACAUGUGAUGAUUAGGAUAGUUCUAAUGAUGAUGUUAGAGGGAGGAGAGGAUUUAGUCACACUCAACGGUACUCUACAGAGACACAUAUACACACAGACUAGUUCACUUUAUAAAUGUGAUGUUUGUUUCAGAGAAUUUAUUAAGAGAAGCGAAUUAAAGACACAUAGAGGAACACAUACAAAUGAAAAACCUUAUAAAUGUGAUGUUUGUGCUAGAGAAUUUACUCAAUGUUGUCACUUAAAGAGACAUUUGAGAACACAUUCUGGCGAAAAACCUCAUAAAGUUGAUGAAUGUGGUAUUGAAUUUUCUCGAAAAGAUGAGCUUAAGUCACACAUGAGAACACAUACAGGGGAAAAACCUUAUAAAUGUGAUGUUUGUGAUUGUGAAUUUUCUCAAGGAAGUCACCUAAAGUCACACAUGAGUACACAUACUGAAGACAAACCUUAUUGCUGUGAUUUAUGUGGUAAACGGUUUAGUUCUCUUAAUAGUUUGAAAAGACACACGAGAACACAUACAGACAAUAAAUCUCAUAACUGUGAAAUAUGUGGUAAAGUGUUUAGUCGUCUUUAUGAUUUGAAGAGACACAUGAGAACACAUACAGGAGAUAACUCUCAUAACUGUGAUGUUUGUGGUAAAGUGUUUAGUCGGCUUGAACAUCUACACAGUCACAUGAAAACACAUAUUAGAGAUUAUUAUUUACAGACUCACAUGAGAACACACACACGUGAUAAACCUCAUAAGUAUGAUGUAUGUGGUAAAGCUUUUAGAUUGAUUGGUCAUUUAAGAAGGCACAUGAGAACACAUACCGGUGACACACCUCAUGACUGUGAUAGUUUUUCAAGAACUUACAUAUUGGAUAUAAACAUUAUCAGUAAGAUGUUAGAGGGAGGAGAGGAUUCAGUCACACUCAACGAUACUCUACAGAGACCCAUAAACACACAGGCUGGUAAAACACUUCAUAAAUGUGAUGUCUGUGCUAGAGAAUUUAGUCAUAGCGGUCACUUAAAGAGACACUUGAGAUUAUUACAUACUGGUGAACCACGUUAUAAAUGUGAUAUUUGUGGUAAGAUAUGUAGCCGAAGUCAUGACUUGAAGAAACACAUGAGAACACAUACUGGCGAAAAACCUUAUAAAUGUGAUGUCUGUGCCGGGGAAUUUAGUCUUAGCAGUCACUUAAAGAGACAUGUAAGAAUACAUACAGGUGAAAGACCUUAUAAAUGUGAUGUUUGUUUUAGAAAUUUUCCUCGUAAUGAUGAGUUAAAGAUUCAUAUGAGAACACAUACUGGUGAGAAACCGCAUGUAUGUGAUGUUUGUUUUAGAAAAUUUAAUCAAAGAUGUGAUUUAACGGCACACAUGAGUACACAUACAGGAGACAAACAUACUAACUGUGAAUUAUGUGGUAAACAGAUUAGUUCUAGCAAUUUACAGAGUCACAUGAGAACACAUACAGGCGAAAAAAAUCAUCACUGUGAAUUAUGUGGUAAAAAGUUUAGUUCUCUUAGCAAUUUACAUUGUCACACGAGAACACAUACAGGUGACAGACCUUAUGGUUGUGAUGUUUGUGGUAAAGGGUUUAGUCAGAUUGUUGGUUUACAGAGACACAAGAGAACACAUACAGGGGAUAAACCUUAUGCUUGUGAUGUAUGUGGUAAACGGGUUAGUCGACUUGAUAGUUUAAAGAUACACAUGAGAAUACAUACUAAGGAUAAAGCAGAUAACACUCACAAUGAGAUGUUUGUCGUUGAGGUUCAGUGUGAGUGAUGUUUACAUAGACACACAAGAACACAUACUAGUCAAAUCAAGGCAAAUCUAAUUUCGUACCAAAUUCCAUGAAUUCAGACUUACAGAGAACGCAUACUAGCGACAAACAUCAUAAGUAUGACGAUCAUGCUGAAAAGUUAUUUUCAGAAGAAAUGCAUUAAAGAGGAAAAUAAUGGAAAUAACUAUUAAACCUCAUAUAUAUAUAUAUGCGAUGUAUUUAGAAGAGGGUUGUAUGAUUAACUGAGAGAUGCAUGAAAACACAUACCUGUGUGAGGUUUAAAUUAUGGGCCAAACAUUAUCGAAAUGAUAACUCAUAUAGAGAUGUAUAAGAGCACAUAGUGAUACUAGUACUUAGUCUUUUUAAAACUGUGAUUAUUUGAUAUAUAUAUGCUCAUCAUACUCAUAGAGAUGUAAAAAACAUAUAGAGAUAGUGAUCACUGUAUAUGUAGUAGAUGCUUUUUUUACAAUCUAAUCCAUUCCUCCAAAAGCACUAUAGCGAAUUACAUGUAUUAGGGUUUUUCGGUAAACAUUGUAUGAAUUGCAAUCAAAACCUUAUGUAACUGACUUAAUAUCUAAAUGUGCACGGUCCUUCAAAAAAGUGCCCAGGGAAGAAAAACAUGCCUGGGGAAAAUAUAUAGAUAUUGAAUUUACAUGAGACAAGUUUGUGUCGAUGAAUUAAGUUAUGCACAUUAAUUUUUUUUUGGAAAUGUUAGACAAGUAUUUUGCAAAUUCAGACAUCAGAUAAUAGACAUUUGUAAUAAAGCAUAAGUGACACACACACGUACAUCAUCAUCAGCAAAUAAAACAAUUAUAUUAUGCUGCUAAAAGCAGGUGUUUGGUACAAAACAAAUAACAUUGAAUCACAGGUAGGCAUACAUCAUUUAAAAAGUUUUAGUUUUAUAAAAUAAUUAUAAUAGAAUUUUACAAUUUUUACAGCAUAUUCCACAAGGGCAGAAUAUCAUAUUUGCUUUAGCUAUUGGGUUAACUUUUCUUUUCUUAGUGACAGGCAUGUUGAAAUCCUUCCACAAUUUUCCAUUUGUCAAUGCAAGUAAAAUAAAAAAAAUUGAGAGUGUUCACCAACAUGACCAUGCAGUUGCGAAUAUUAGACCUCGUGCACUGAUUUUUUUAAAUAAUGAAAUAUACAUUUUGACCAAGGACAAUAUCGUUCCUGAUUCUUCUAUAUACUCUUGUUUAUAUUUACGGCUUACUUACUUAUAUACAAUUUUGAAAUCUUAAAUGUAAAAGUUCAACAAUAUCUACACACCAUGUACAAGUGAAGUUAGACAAAACAAGCAAUGAUUUAUUUAUUUUUAUUCAUGAAAACAUUUUUUGUUAUAAAAUAUUAUUAUUUUAUUCUCCCUGGACGCUUUUUAGUGGGACCCCUGAUCACUACCCUUUUUGAUACACAAAAUAAAGUGCAUUGAUCAUAACAUUAUAAACAUCCUAUCCAUGAACAUUUCCAGAAAUUUCUUAGUGUAUUACAUGCUCAGAUAUUCUAGGCAUGAAAUGAUGUGAUACUUGUCAAGAAAACUACAUAACGUUUGCAAUGUACAGGAAUCUAAUAUCUGUUCCAAAAAUUUAAAUUAAGUCAUUGUUAAUCUUUUCUUUAAAAAUUGGAGUUAUCUUCCUUUGUCUAGAAUAUCUGUUUAAUCAACUACAACGGUGAACCAAUUAUUAAUUUUACUGUACAUAAUUUGAAUCAAUCUUUACUGUUCAGUGCUUUCAAGCACUUUGAUUCUGUAAUAGUAUAGAAAAUCUCUGCAUAUAUGCUAACAUGAUAAUGCGUAGGUUAAAGUUGGAUAGUAUAUAUAUACGCAUUGUUUACCAAAUGAAUGUUAUUUCUUUGUUUAAGGACCUGAAAAAUAUCCAUGAAUGUAUGUGAGUUCAGGGUAUUAUGUCAUGUUAAAACAUUUAUUGGUUGUGAUAUAACAAUCUCAUUGGCGUAUAAUAGAGUUCAUCCGGAUAUUACACAAUGUUAAACAUUAAUUGUAAUAUGACAAUGACAUUAGUUUAAAAGAGAGUGCGUCCUGGUAUUUAGCUAUGUUUUCACAAUUAAGGGAAGUUGUAAGAUUGAUUGUUCAAUGAUAUGUUUCCCUUUUCUUAAAAGAAGGGUGACCUGGUAAUCAAGUGUGGGGCGAUUUUCUUAGAAAGUGGCACCAAUUAAGUGUGGGCUGUGGGCCGAGUUGAAAUGGUUUCAUUUUUAAACAUCGUGUUUGGGGUCAUAAAGUGAUGUAUACAGUAAUAUACAGUAUAUUAUAAUGGUUGUGUGGCGUUCUUAACUAAAUUUUAUGGAUAACAAAUGUUUUUUCGUCUUAUCCAAAACAGCUAGGAUAUACUAGACUACUGGACUACUAGACUGUAAAUAAUGUCGUUUGUAUGCCCCACCUACGAUAGUAGAGGGGCAUUAUGUUUUCUGGUAUGUGCGUCCGUUCGUCCGUCUGUCCCGCUUCAGGUUAAAGUUUUUGGUCAAGGUAGUUUUUGAUGAAAUUGAAUUCCAAUCAACUUGAAACUUAGUACACAUGUUCCCUAUGAUAUGAUCUUUCUUAUUUUAAUGCAAAAGAGUUUUUAUCCCAAUGUCACGGUCCACUGAACAUAGAAAAUGAAAGUGCGAGUGGGGCAUUCGUGUACUAAAUUAAGGACACAUUCUUGUUGAUUGUAUUGUAGUGUGUGUGUGUGGACUCAGGGAAGAUUAGUUUUUUUGUAAUUUUUAAAAAUAUAUUUUUUUUACCCUCUUUAAAUAAAAAAAUGAAUAAAGAAUCUAUACUUUUAUUAUUAAAAAUUUUAUUAUUAUGAUUGUUUGACAGUUCAUCGGGGUAUUUUACUAUGUUAUAAAUAUCAUUAAUUGAUUGAUGGAUUUUGAGUUUUUUUCUCCACAUUCAUCAUGUUCAUCAUAACGAAACCCGAUUUUGUUUGGCGCCAGAAAUAAGCAAAAAUAAGUAUUAUUUUCAGGCGGGAGCGUAAUUUCCAACUAUUAAGAUAAGCAUUAAUGGUGAGCAUUAUGUAAACGGAACUCGGAAUUGUAAUACUGAUACAGUUAACAUAUUUAUGUAAUCCGUUUGUCUUUUACUUUAUUAUACAUGUUAUAGUAAACGUAAAAUAGUUUUAAAUU